CCUGCACAAGCUUGCAAAAAAACCUUGGUCGUAAUCGACAUCUGACAUGAUAUUACUGGAGGAAGUGCUCUUGAAGAGCAACAGGUUGUGAAUAUGCCCUUUUUUUGUCUUGUGAUUCUUUGAUAGGGAUGGGGCUGCCUCUGAGUAUCCCAACAAAAGAUAUCCUUUCUAUAAACUCAGUCGUGGACAGGGUUUACGAUCAAAUCGUCGAGCUUUCCGAACAGAAACAGAUGGAUCUUGCGACAGUUCAACUGGCGAUUCUCAGUGUACUGAAUACAGUCAAUUCUUGCAUGCCAGGACUGCAGUAUGAUCCGCCAUCUCUUGAGGAAGUACAGAACUUCCACAAAACGUGGAACAAAAAGUCGGACCAAGAGGAGAAGAAGAAAGAAUUGAAGAAUUUCAUUGAGGAUCUACUAAGAAAGGGCAAAAAAUCCAACAUGAACACUAUGAUUACCGGCAUCGUUGCUCCACCAGUGGCCAUGAUAACGAAGCGGGUAGGCGAGCAAGUGCCGCCAUUGAAGAAGACAUUGAAGUUCGUUCCUGAUGCAGCAUUUGUCCCAGCUUUUACAAUAGGUGCUCUGUUUACAGUGAAGAUGGUGCAGAAGAAUGUGCUGGAGAAGAUCAGGAAGCCAAUUUGAAAUCUUUCUUGCUACCAUAUAUUUACCAAUUAAUUACCUCCAUAGCCGUGAACUUCUCAUGCUGAUUGUACAAUGAAACAGUUCCCAUGAACAAGCACACCAUCUCCCAAAAAAAAAAUCCAUUUCCUUCUGCA